AUGGUUCUUCUUAUGCGUGAAAUUACCAACUUACUAGCAAAAUAUGGACGUGAUCCUUUCUUAAAACAAAAUAGUCAUAUUUUAACAAGAAAUGUUUCAUCUCGUCCAUUUGAAAUACCAGAAACAAAUAUCAAAUAUACUGAUCUACAACCAGAAUCAUCUAAUCUACCAAUUAUUACAUCAAGAAAACUUCAACCAUCAGUUUAUUGUUCACCAACUACUACUACUACUACUACUCGUAAUUCUCGAUUAACUUGGUUAGAAACAUUAAAACCACAAGGUUUAUCACAAUGUUCCAAUCCUCAAAGUUUACUUGGUAUGAUUGAUUUACAUCCAGAUGUAUUCUCUGUAUUUCCACGUAUUGAUUUAAUACAUAAAAAUUUAUACUGGCAAGCUCAUUAUCGAUUAAUUGAUUGGCGUUGUAUAACUACUCGAGCAGAAUUACCUUAUGGAACUAGAAAAAAGCCAUGGCCACAAAAAGGAACUGGAAAAGCUCGUCAUGGUAAUCGACGCACUCAUAUAUGGAUUAAUGGAGGACAGUGUAAAGGUCCACGUGGACCAGAAUCUUAUUUCUAUCUUCUUCCUUAUCAUGAACGUCUUACUGGUUUAUUAUCAAUGUUAACUAUAAAACAUGCUCAGAAUGAUUUACACAUUGUAGAUGAUUUUAUGCUAUCAAAAUCAUUGGAAGAUGAUGCUAAGAAUAUUUUCAUUGAAGCACAAGCUGCUUCACUGAAUUUGGAUGCUUUAACCGAUCCACUCUCACCACUUAACAAAACACGUCAUUAUCGUUUGACGAAAACAAUGAAUGAAGCAGCUCUGUAUAUACGUCAAUUAGCGGAUUUACGUUGUUGGGGUCCAUCGAUUUUGUUUGUUGAUGCAAUCCUAGCUACUGUUCCAUUCACAAUAUCGAUUGUUAUGAAAAAAAAUGCCAUAAUCUGUUAUAUUAUGAAUGAUUUACACAUUGUAGAUGAUUUUAUGCUAUCAAAAUCAUUGGAAGAUGAUGCUAAGAAUAUUUUCAUUGAAGCACAAGCUGCUUCACUGAAUUUGGAUGCUUUAACCGAUCCACUCUCACCACUUAACAAAACACGUCAUUAUCGUUUGACGAAAACAAUGAAUGAAGCAGCUCUGUAUAUACGUCAAUUAGCGGAUUUACGUUGUUGGGGUCCAUCGAUUUUGUUUGUUGAUGCUCAUUCUCCGGCAAGUCAGUUGGCAGCUCCAUGUCCUGGAAGCGAAAACAUCAAUAAUAAUAAAACAGAAAACACGGACUUAGAUUCUAAUAAUCUAGCAAUUUGUUUGGCAUGUGGUUCUUAUGAAAAUCACGUAAAGAAUGAGAUUUCACCAGAAUCAUCAGCAUUUAAACUGGAUACUAUCGCUCCACGUGCUACUCAUCCUGGUCGAGGCUUAACAUUAAUGCCAGUUCAUAGUUUAAAUGUUUGGUCUAUGGUACAUCAUGAUACACUAGUCAUAUCGUUAAAAGCAUUAGAAAUGUUGGAAGAAAGACUUAUCGCUGCACAGACUGUUGUAGUUCGUGAUGAGUCCAACGAAGCGCCGUAUUUACAUCCUACAACUCCUGACUGGUUCACUGCUGAAGUACAAGGGCAAGCAAAUGACUAUUUAAAUACAUCAUUUGAGAAUAGACAUUUUACCGAUGUUAUAGGCUCAUCAAAAUGGCGAAAAGAUACUCUCUAACUUUAUGACCAAUGUACAGCUUUGAUUUAUAUUAUUUCUGAAACUAAUAAAUCUUAAUCCUACUAGAA